AUGGACGCCAUUAAUCGUCCAAAUAUUUAAACUUAUUGCAUUAAUUUAUAUGUUUUAAACUGUUCAAUAUUAAUUAAUUUUAAUAAUUUAUUGUUUUUUUAGUUAUUAUUAAAAUUGUUCUUUACUUUUCUGACAUUGACAAGUUGAAAUAUUAUUGAAAAGUGUGUACCUACCACUUUGUUAUACUUUCAGGUACUACCUAAUACUGUUUGUGGAGAUAGUCUAAUACUCAAUUUUUACAUUUUAAAAUUAUUAUGUUGAUUAUAAAUGUCAAUAAAAUAUGUUUAUUUGUUAUUCAUAUUAAUUAUAUGAUUAUAUAAUUAUAUAUAUAAUAUAUUAUAUAAAUUAAUAUCAAGGCUCUCUAGUAAUGACUGUCUGUGAAAUAAAUGAAUAAUGAUGUACGAUACCGGAUAAUAGGUACGUCGCACAACGCCAUCUCUUGAUAUUUUUAAUUUACCAGAACGGCCUCGUGGUAAUGUUUUGCUUAAAAAUACUCUUAUCAAAACUUUACUGUCUUAUUUUAUCUGUCCGUGGUUUUGAUUGUUUCAACCGCGAUUGAAGACAUCUUACGACCGAAAUUCGUAAAUUACCUAAAUAUUUUAUUAAAUGACUUCCGCGUUGGACGUGAGAAUAGCCACUGCGUUAAAAAAAUUAUUUGAUGAAGGUGCUCUAAUUUCAAGAAUUUACUGUAAAGUAAGGAAAAAAUUUCGAGGAGAGAAACUUUUUAGACGCCUCAAACAAAUUACUGUUUCAAUAAAAAAACUCCAUCAACUAAACAUCUCCGAGGCUAUAUUUGAUAAUGGUGUUGCAACAAAACGAGCUUGUCUGUGGGAUGGUACUCGUAUUUUACCAGCUUUAAGUAUAAUCAAUCGAUUACAGCAGUUCAGUGAAGGUACGGCUCAAUUGAUAGUGAAAGUGCUCCAGAGUGGUCAAUGUUGGUUAGAAAUGAAUAUUGCCUUUGCUAUGGUUAGCAGAGUAUGGAUACUUACCAAAUCGUUAAACAAAUCAUUUUCACUGUCCUGUCAAAAUGUUACACCUCUACCGAAUCAAUCAAAAAUUUCUGAAAACCAAUGGCUACCAAAUGUUGAACUACCUGAAUGUUUAAAUAAUAAUAUAUUAGAAAAUAGUCAAAGUGAGUCAAUUGUGGAACUUGUAGAAAGACCAGGUUCUGUUAUGCGUCGUAAACCAGAACCAGAAGACCCAGUUGUAAAAAAAAGAAAAAGACCCGGAAAACAAAUUAGAAUGUUAAGAGAGAAACAUAAAAAUAAAAUUAAAGUUGUUAAAAAACAAAAAACUAAAUAAUUAUAUUAUAUAAAAUUAUUUUUUUAUGUACAA